AUGGAAACCUCUUUGCGGGUGAUUGUUCGGGCUCGCCCGAUGAAUGCUCGAGAAAUGAAAGAAGGCGCGGCCCGUUGUGUCGAAUAUUUCGAUGCAACUGGUCAAAUUGUCAUCAAUGGUGCAUCAACAUUUGCUUAUGACAAAGUUUAUCCAGACACUGUUGAUCAAGAAACAAUAUACACACAAUCAGCUCAUCCAAUGCUCGACCACGUUUUUGGUGGUUUCAAUGCAACAAUUCUAGCCUAUGGACAAACUGGAAGUGGAAAGACAUACACAAUGGGAACGGAAGACAGUGAUGGAACUGAUGAACUUCGUCGAGGAAUUAUUCCAAGACUUGUUGAUAAUUUAUUCAAAAGAAUCGACGACUCAACAGUUCCAGAAGCCUAUAAAGUUACUGUUUCGAUGUAUGAAAUCUACGGUGAUCAUAUUUAUGAUUUGUUGCGUCCAGAUAAAGUGAAAUUGACUGUUCAUGGUGAUGAGAAGAGCUGUAAGUUAUUCAUGUGUUUGUUUUGAAAAACGUAACAUUUUUGUAGGUAAAAUUGUGAAUCUCACAAGUGUGCCAGUCUCUGAUCUGAAAGGAGCUCUGAAGCAAUUAGAAAUUGGAUGUCAUUAUCGAACAAAAGCAUCAACGGCGAUGAAUGCGAUGUCAAGUAGAUCACAUGCUGUUUUCACAAUUUUGUUGGAAAAGGCUGCAGUUCCAAGCGAGUGAGUGCUUGUUUAUAGAUUUUAUAAUUUGAAUUUCUAAAUUCUUAUUUUUCAGUGAAUCAUCAUUUGCUGCAAAACUUCAAUUGGUCGAUUUAGCUGGAUCUGAACGUUUGAAGAAGACGGAAGCAGCUGGACAUGUUAUGCGCGAAGGAAUCAGCAUCAAUGGUGGACUUCUAAUCCUCUCACAAGUUAUCACUGCUCUUGUUACCAAACAAAGUUAUGUACCGUAUCGAACAUCGGCGCUGACACGUGUUUUGCAAGAUUCACUUGGUGGAAAUUCUUAUACGAUUUUCUUGGCAUGUAUUUCGCCAGCUGACACAAAUGCUCAAGAAACUUUGAGCACUUUGAGAUAUGCUGAUCGUGCGAAACAAAUCAAGAAUAAACCAAUUAUCAACAAGAAUCCAAAAGCUGAAGAAAUAUCUGCUUUGCGUGCUCAAAUCAAACGUCUUGAAAAAGAAAAUUCGGAUUUGAAGAAAGGAAUUGCGCCAAGCACAGCUGCACCCGAGCAAAUUUCCAACACGUUAGUCUUGAAUAAUUAUUUUGUGUAGUAUUUAAUCUUUACUUGUUGCAGAGUUGAAAUUUUGGCUCUCAAAGAUGAGUUGAUCAAAAAAGACGAAGACAUUCGUAACAAAUGCAUCACACUUUCGGAUUGUAUUGUUCGACUUGUAAGUUUUUUGUUACUUUCGAAACAGUUCCCCUGUUAACUGAAUUUCAUUUUAGAAUGCCGUCACCAACAAAAAUGUUCGUCUUGAAUCCGAAAAGUCAAAAUUGGCAACAGCAUUGACAGGAGUGAAGCAGAUUCUGGAAAACGAAGAAAUGCUGGAACCAUCCGAUGUUAUUCAUUUGGUAUCUCAAUUAGUUGGAUCAGAAAUUGAAACAACGCUUAUUGGAGAUGAUGAAAAUAUCGAUGAAACACAAGUUGGAAUGGAUGAAAGUAUUUAUGAUGCCGAAAGAUUGCCAGAACUUCAAACUCAGUUGGAUGCUAUUGAAAAGGAAAUUGCAUUGAAAGAUGCAAAUCGCGAGAAAGAAUUGGAGACUCAAAAGGAAUUCAUUGAAGCAAUGCAACAAAGAGAGGAAGAAAGAACACAAUUGGCUGUUAAAGUUGGUGAACUUGAAGGGGAAAUUGCAAAAUUGAAAAAUGAGACGAGAAAAGUGAAUGUUGCAUCGAAAUUGGCUGAAGAAAGAAGACAAAAAGUUGAAAGAGUUGGAAAAACAACAUGA